GUUGUAUGUUGGCUUUAGUGCCUGUAUGUUCGGCCUCUACAGCUUUAUGCCAGUGGUCAUAAAGAAGACCAGUGCUACUGCCGUCAACCUCUCCCUACUCACAGCUGACCUGUACAGUCUUUUCUGUGGAUUAUUCCUCUUCCACUACAAGUUUUCAGGACUGUACUUGUUGUCGUUCUUCACUAUCCUUGUUGGGCUGGUGCUCUACUCUUCCACGUCCACGUACGUAGCCCAGGAUCCUCGAGUGUACAAGCAGUUUCGAAACCCUUCAGGACCUGUUGUGGACCUGCCAGCCACCGGCCAGCUGGAGCCUUCGGUAACAUACACCAGCCUGGGGCAGGAGACAGAAGAGGAGCCUCACGUUAGAGUUGCUUAAACCCAGGGUUGUUGAUCGCCUACUGAUGAUUCAGUGGAGCUCAUAUAUCCAUUAUCUCUGUAUUGUACAUAGAGAAAGGUAUUUAGCAGGUGCAGUUACACUGGUGAGCUGCAAGGUAGCAAAUAAGGAAAGCUCAUAAAAAUACAAAUCAAUUGUUCCAAAGUGUUCAUUGCAAGGAGAUGUCAGUCCCUCGGUUACAGUAUGAGCAGCAUGUUUGCAAUACAAAUUGCUGUAUAUGAAUCAGUUAACGUCAAACUACCUGUGAAAGACACUUAAUAUAUAAGCUGAAAUUACAAAAAAGAAAUUCGUAGAAGGGUGUUUUUGCACCCACUGACCGAUAUUAUGCCUAAGCCACACCAGUUGUGGAAAAGCCACCUUUUUACAGCAAAUACACUUGUGCAGUCACUGUUAAUUUCUCUCUAAGAUUUUUUUGCACCAAAUAGAUGGGUUAAUUGUGGUAGCAACACACUGACACAUGUUUGCUAGCAGCUUGGAUUUGGUGAGGGAGAGACAAUUAAUUCAUCUGUACUAUCUGUCUAGUUGCCCUUUCUAGGUAAUCUGCUCCAUGAAUCCAGAGAAGGGACAACUUACAAUAUCCGUCUCUAUUCUAGGAAUAGGUAUAAGGCGAGCAUUUUAGCCUUUCUAUAUUUGCAGAAAUCAAGUACUCAAGCAUUGACCUCUCUAUGAUCCAUGGCAGAUUUCCUAGCGGCUAAGGUUCUGCAUCAGGUGACAGGGAGUUAGUUUCUCUGUAGUUGUGACUUAACACAGAUUUCUUACUUUUAAAAUUUUAAUCUGUAAAAAGAAAAAUGCAUUUUCUAGUUUCCUAUAUAUUGUACCUCUCCAUGAUCAUGUGGAUCAGGGCAAUUAUUUUAAAUACUCAGUGCAUCGAGGGCGCCUUCUGCUGUUCUAGCUUGCUUAGUCUCCUCUGAUUCAUUAUUCUAACAAUAACUAUUUAGAAAUAUGUCUGGUUUUCACCAAAACUCACAAAUUGCAAAAAUCAGGA